AGCGAUUCGGGAACUCACGCACGAGUGAGCGCACCUUGGUCUCCUGCACAGCUGGUGGGUCUCUGGAGGGUCCGAAUGCGUGUAGCUCGGCAGGGAAGACCAAUCUGGGGGCGAGUGAGAUGCGGAAUGGGGUGGUCUGGACAGCGCUGCUGCUCCUCCUGCUGAUGUGCGUGGCGGCGAGAGUGACGGAAGCCGGCCUGGGGCCGUCCUUCAGGUGCUCGGCAGAGCGGCCCUACACUGUUGUAGCCGCCGCUGCCCCGUCAGUGGCCCUGCCCAUGACGUCGCUCUUCCCUCUCAACGGCGGCACGCCGCCCUUCACUUACCGCUGGUCGGCUGUGAUGGCGCGGCGGGAGGUGCGGGGCUGCAUCAUCUGCCACUGGCGGAGAGGCUGCUGGUGAAGGACAGCCAUAGGAGGGAGAGAGCGACGCCGGAAGACGACUGCGGCAAAGGAGAGAGGUAGACAAGCUGGAGCGCUCGCGGAAACAGCUGCGGGACUUGAGGAUCGAGCAAGAGCGAAAGCUUGCAAGAAUGCGGUAUCAUGAAGGCAGACAGAUUGCCGCGACCAAUGAGAUGCAGCAGAAGUUGCGUGAACUGGAAAGCAGCAUUGCUCGAUUGGAGAGGCAGAUCGAAGACACAAGGAGACGGCCCUUUUAGAUAGGGCGAUUAGAC